AAUUCUCUCUCUCCUACAGUGAUAAAGAAGAGUAGGAGAGAGAGAGAGAGAUAGAAAGAGAGAGCAAGAAUAGAGAGUGCUGGAAUCACAUGGCCUUGUUUUCCUGUCACCUCUCCCUUUCUUCUUCUUCUUCUUCUUCUUCUUCCCUCCCAUUACUGCAAUCCCCUUCUUCUUCUUCUUCUUCUUCUUCCUCCUCUUAGUCGCCAACUCAACCAACCACUCGCUUCUCUUUCCUUCCUUCUCUGAUUCCGGCCAUGGCGGACGUUAAGGAAAUGCCAGGCCCUGUCAUUGAUGGAAAUGAUCCGGUUACUGGUCACAUAAUAUCCACGACUAUUGGAGGCAAGAAUGGGGAGCCCAAACAGACCAUAAGCUAUAUGGCAGAACGUGUUGUUGGGACUGGAUCAUUUGGUAUUGUUUUCAAGGCCAAAUGCUUGGAGACUGGUGAAAAUGUGGCUAUAAAGAAGGUUUUGCAGGACAGAAGAUACAAGAAUCGUGAACUCCAGUUAAUGCGUGUGAUGGAUCAUCCAAAUGUCAUUUCUUUGAAGCAUUGUUUCUUUUCCACUACUACAAAAGACGAACUUUUUCUCAACUUGGUAAUGGAAUAUGUCCCUGAAACCAUGUUUCGGGUUUUGAAGCAUUACAGUAAUGCAAAUCAAAGAAUGCCGAUCAUCUAUGUCAAAUUAUACAUGUACCAGGUUUUUAGGGGUCUGGCCUAUAUCCACACGGUUCCUGGAGUUUGCCACAGAGAUUUGAAGCCUCAAAAUAUUUUGGUGGAUCCUCUUACUCACCAAGUUAAAAUAUGCGACUUUGGAAGUGCAAAAAUGCUUAUGAAAGGUGAAGCCAAUGUUUCAUACAUAUGUUCACGCUUCUAUAGAGCACCAGAACUCAUCUUUGGAGCUACAGAGUACACAACUUCAAUAGACAUUUGGUCUGCUGGCUGUGUCCUUGCAGAGCUACUUUUGGGACAGCCAUUGUUUCCCGGAGAGAAUGCAGUUGACCAGCUUGUAGAGAUUAUUAAGGUUCUUGGCACACCAACUCGUGAAGAAAUUCGAUGCAUGAAUCCAAGUUAUACAGACUAUAGGUUUCCACAGAUAAAAGCUCACCCAUGGCACAAGGUUUUCCACAAACGGAUGCCUCCUGAGGCAAUAGAUCUGGCUUCUCGAUUGCUUCAGUAUUCACCUAGUCUUCGCUGCACAGCACUGGAAGCUUGCACACAUCCUUUCUUUGACGAACUUCGAGAACCCAAUGCUCGUCUCCCCAAUGGUCGACCAUUCCCACCUCUCUUUAACUUCAAACAAGAGCUGUCAGGGGCCUCUCCGGAGCUUGUUAACAAGUUGAUACCUGAUCAAGUGAAGCGACAAAUGGGUCUUAAUUUGCAUCUAGCCGUUUCGUAAAUAUAGGCAUAUGUGCGGUUGGGUUCUUCUUGUUCAUGCGUGGUGCAAAGCCUACUGACCAACUUUAAGUUCCAACUCCACCUGUAUUAAACUGGGGCUGUUUACAUCGCUCUACUCUGAGACUUGCAGGUCGAGGGACCAUAUAUCGACGCUUCCUCGACGUGUUGUCUUCCUCGUUCUAUCCAACCAUAUUCCACCCAUCCCUCAAUCUCAUAUAAUACCUCAACUUGUUGUAUAUGUUUGAUAGUAUAUUGAAGAAAGCCAGAGUUUGACUUAGCAGAAACCUGCUAGAAGAGGGAUAGUAGUAGGGCAAAUUGUGCAUCUUUAGUUAGGAAGAGGGUAUCUAAUUUUAUAUGUGGCUGAAGAAAACAAAAAUUGGAAUCUAGUUGGUUAGUUUUGUUGUUUCCUGUUCCAGGGUGGUUUCAAGAUGGCUGACUUUAAAUUUGCAUAAAACUUGUAGUUAAUAUUAUUGUGUUCUACGAAUCUCUUUUCCUCUCUUAAAAUUAAACAUGAAUCUAUUUGUUCUUCA